AUGAACAAGGCCCUCGGCGGGGACCUGGAGCGAGCGCGCGGGCGCGUCUCGGCCGUCCUGGCGGACUUGGCGCGGUGCAAGGCGGAGGGGCGCACCACUCAGCGCUGCCUGUCGGAGGCGCAGGCGCAGCUCGCCACGCGCGAGCGGGACGUCCGCGGCCUGGACGCGAACAGGGCCGCGCUCGUCGCCAGGAUCACCCGCCUCACCGCCGAACUCGGUGAGCAGGUCAACGUGGUCGCCAAGAAGAACGCGUACAUCAAGGAGCUGGAGCGGAGCCUGGAGGAGGAGCGCGGCGCGCAAGAGCGGCUGCUGCAGAAGACCGAGGGCAUGCGCCACGCGCGCGACCGCCUCGCCGUGGAGCUGAGCGUGGCGCGGCGUCGGCUGGACGGCGAGGCCGAGUACGCGGCCGACGAGAGGCGCGCGGCGGAGCGGGCCAAGCGCGACCUGGCGGACGUCAAGGCCGACCUGUCACGGCUCAAGCUGAGGCAGGACGCCAACGAGAAGCAGACCAUCAUACUCGGGCGGCAGAAGGCGGUCGCCAUGGAGCGGGAGGAUGAUAUGAGGGAGCAGGUGAAGGCGCUCACGCAAGUCGUCGAGCAGGUCCAGGAGGUGGUCGCCAAGCGCGACCGGGAGCUGGUCGCGGAGCGACGGCAGCGCGCGUUGCUGGAGACGGCGCGCUCCGAGCUGCAGGACCAGGUCGACCGCCUGCAGGUCGACGUGGGCCGCCGCCUCGAAGAGCUGACGGAGCAGCGGCUCGCGCUCAAGCUGUGCAGCGACACCGUCGCCGAGCUCACGCUGGACCGCGACGCGGAGGUCAAAGGGAGGCUGACGGCCCUGAGCGAGCGCGACGUGAUCGGCACCCAGCUCGCGCGCCGCAACGACGAGGUCAGCCUGCUGCGCCGCAAGGUGGACACGCUGGAGCGAGUGCUACAGGCGGGCGGGCGGGAGCUGACGCGCAGCCAGGACGCCGUCCGCCUGCUGCGGCUGGAGGUGGGGCGGCUCCGCUGGGAGCGGCAGCUCCUCUCCAGGAGCCUGGCGAGCAUGCCGAGGCUGGAGCGCGAGCUGUACCACGCCGUGCAGGACGUCGUGCGCUCACAGAACCUGGCGCGCGCCCUGGAGGACGAGCUGAGCACACCGGUCAACUUCCACCGCUGGCGGCGCCUCGAGGGCCACGACCUGCCGCACCUGCAGCUGCUCGUCAAGGUGCGGCAGCUGCAGCGGCGGCUCAUCAGCCGCCAGGAGGUCGUGCUGCAGCUGGAGACGCGCGUGCGCGAGACGGAGGCGCUGUACCUGCAGCUGCGGCAGGCCUUUCUGCGCCAGCCGGCCGCCAACCCGACUACGUUGAUGCUGACUCGCGCUGCGCUGCAGGACAAGGAGCGCAAGAUCAAGGGCCUGUUGGCCGAGGUGAGCCUCAGCGGCCCCACCUACACGCGGCUCGAGAAGGCCAACAGCAAGCCCAAGGGCGCCGCGGCCAGGACGCGCGCGCCCGGCGGCCCCGACGGUGGCCGGCUCCUGGCGAGCCGAGCCCCGGUCCUGGCCCCCGUCAGCUGACGACGGGAGGCCCCACGGCCAGGAACCGUCGACAUUCGCGGAAGCCACAAGGUGUUCCGGCUGGGCUUCGAUGUUUUCAUUUGUUUGUCCUGUCCACCUCACUACUUGACUGAUUUUGUUUUCGAUCGCUUUAUCUUUAUCGACAAUCAGCGGGAAGCUGUGAUUGUUUUUAGCUAAUGUUUUACAUAUUUGUAAUUUUUUUUAAUUGUCUGUCUUGCCUUUUGUAAUGUGUUGUAAUGACCGCGCCUCUGCACUGAGUCUGAAAACAAGUGUUUUGUGUUUCGAUAAUAAAGUACAAUAGUAAUUAAUUAAGAAAAGGACUUGACGCUCUGACGAUGGAAUAGUGACGAUGACAGUUUCCCUUUUGUCUACGCAUUCUGGGACCCAACAGGUGGGUGCCCUUAUCUGCAUAACUCGUCUUUUACGACACUUGUUGAACUCCGAGGCGCCGAGUGUCUCCAAAAGGGCUCCAAGGCGUGAACUGGAC